GUGUAGAACUCUUAUUUAAGUGAGGCAUUUCAGCUCCCUUUUCCUUCCCUCGCACUUUCUUUACUCAACUCCUCUUCCAGAGUGCUGCCAGCGAAUUGUCAUCCUCAGCUCUAUUCAAACCAAACGUCAAGCCUAUCAGUCUUUGAGAGAGCAACGCAGAUUUCAGCCAGAGGAAAGUCGAUACAACAGUACGAUUACAAUGGUUCCAGCUGCCAUUCUCUGCGGCAGAGACCCGUCCCAUGCAGCACAUUUGAUCGAGUAUCUCUCAUCGAAAAUACAAGUUGUCCAUGUGUGUGCGAAUACCGAGGCGGCACUCUCUGAGAUCCCAGCUCUCCUCAAAGGGGACAAGAUCACGCCCUCGUCGGGCUUAGGCAGCAACGCCACGGGCGAUGUCCGUACCGAUAUUUCGCUGAUCAUCAUCGGUGCCUUCGCCCCGCCAGACGUCCAAGAAAUACAGAGUGCUGCCCAGGGUGUCAGGCCGAUACCUAUUUUCCUCGCCGAUACGAGCAAGAAGUCGCCUGGUCAGCAAGGUCCUCCCACCAUUGAGAUGAUCCUGCAGCGCAUCCUGGAGACUAUCAACGCUGCGGAGCAAGGCGAAGGAAACUGGGCUCCCGGUGUCUACAAAUUCUGAACGUUGCCAUCGAAUCCUGAUUUGUUGCUGCCGGUAGAAACCACAGUAGAGAAAGUCAUUGAUUAACCACUGA